CCCACCACCAGCCCUCUCUCUCUCGUGUUCAUCUCAUCAGCGAUUUUCUUGCACGGAUACAUGUCCUGACAUAGAAAUAUGGAUGGACCUCCUUCUUAUCUUUGAUGCUUUUGCCAUCCCGGCUUUGAGGGCUUGGUAACUUUUUGGUAGGGUAGAGAGAGAACGUAAAGGGAGAUAAAGAGCGAAGAAAGGGAAGUGGACGACAAGGAAACAGUGUGAAGAGGAGGUGUUGGAAGGGAGUGUGUGUUUUGAGCCGGGACCGUGAGUGCACAUAACGUCUGGUUGAAUCCCUGCUGGAUAUCUCUCCAAGCCUAGGAGGUAACUGAGGUCAAAGGUUAUGGAUUCCCUGGCAUUAGAGGCUAAGGGUGCCAAAAGUGAUGUCGUCACUGCACCGGUGACCCCCGGCAGGAAGCCCAAACCUGCCAAAAAGGCCAAGAAAGCUGUUUUCUUUGAGGUGGAGAUCCUGGAUGGUAAGACCAAGGAGAAGCUGCUGUUGCUGGACAAGGUGGAGCCUAACGCCACCAUCGCCGAAAUCAAGUCCAUGUUCCAUAAGUGCCAUCCGCAGUGGUAUCCGGCUCGACAAUCCUUACGCUUGGACCCUAAGGGAAAAUGCCUGAAAGAUGAGGACGUCCUACAGCAGCUCCCUGUUGGGACAACCGCCACCUUCUACUUCCGGGACCUGGGAGCCCAGAUCACCUGGGUUACAGUGUUCCUCACCGAGUACGUCGGGCCUCUGCUCAUCUACCUCAUGUUCUACUUCCGGGUCCCCUUCAUAUACGCCCCCAAGUACGACUUCACCACCAGCAAGCACUGGGUCGUGCACUUGGCCUGCAUGUGUCACUCCUUCCACUACGUGAAACGACUCCUGGAGACCCUGUUCGUCCACCGCUUCUCGCACGGCACCAUGCCGCUUCGCAACAUCUGGCAGAAUUGUACCUAUUACUGGGGCUUCGCUGCAUGGAUGGCCUACUACAUCAACCACCCCCUCUAUACUCCUCCCAUCUACGGUGAGCAGCAGGUGAAAACAGCCCUGGUGAUUUUCCUGCUCUGUCAGAUUGGCAACUUCUCCAUCCAUGUGGCCCUGCGUAACCUCCGACCCCCCGGCUCUAAGACCAGGAAGAUCCCUUAUCCAACAAGGAACCCCUUUACGUGGAUCUUUCUGCUGGUUUCCUGCCCUAACUACACUUAUGAGGUGGGCGCCUGGCUGGGCUUCACCGUGAUGACCCAGUGCCUGCCCGUAGCCUUCUUCACCGCUGUUGGCUUCAUCCAGAUGACCGUAUGGGCCAGGGGGAAGCAUCGCAGCUACCUGAAGGAGUUCCGUGAUUACCCCAGCAUCCGCUCCCCGAUAUUGCCAUUCCUCCUCUAGGGACAGACCCUGGAGCCCAGCUGUAUCAUCGGCCCCCAAAUUCUCCCCUCCAUCUUCUCAACAGUACAUCUGCAGUUUUAAUAACUGAUCAAGCUGGUCAAAGCCUCACCCCAGUACUUGUCGUCCCAAAAUAAGUGGGCUUAUUGAGAAUAUAAUUUCUAUGUUAUUCUUAAUGUUCACCACAUUCUAAAUUAUCAUAUAGGAAUUUUUUAAACCAGGUUCAGUGUUUCCAGUGUUCGGGUACCACGUGAAUUAUAUCGUAUAUGUUACCGUCAGUAAAUUCAAAAAUGAAGGCGGAUAGCUUGCUAAAAUACGUAGCACUCCUGUGGAUCAAACAGUGGCAUUUUGUACAACUGCAACCAGCAAGACAGCUUGUCUUAUUUGUUUGAGAAUAAAGGAAUCUCCUCCCACA